UAAGUUUUCCAUUGUGGCAAGACUGACCAGGCGAACGGCAGCGUGUCUCCUGUGUUCACUUUCUCUCCUGUUUUACAGGAUCGUAAUCUGGCUACGCGCCCAUCAUAGUGGGGCCUGUAACACAUGCAACAUGCAGCACCUGUACAUAAAAGGCCAAAGCAGUCUGUACUUCCUCAGGAGGCUGAGGUCCUUCAACAUCUGCAGGAAGCUCCUGAGGAUGUUUUAUCAGUUGGGUUUGUGGAGAUGAGUGUGAAGAUCCAAACAAUCCCUGUCAGUGAUGGAGAAGCUUUGAUGAAUAAAUUUGGUAAAAAGUUCACCAGCAUGAAGGAAAUGAAGUUCUCAAACUUUCCUAAAGAGGACCCCAGCACGCCUGCUUAAAGAAAAGGACUGUUUGCAAACAUCUCAGAGAGAGGAGACACCAGCAUCUGAACAGAGACUCAAACCAGCAACCUGCAGGUCCCUGCUUGGCUGCUCCAGUUUUCUCCUCACUCAUGUUGCCCACCAGUGAUUUCUAGCUGCCCACCCACACAGCAGGCUAGAAUAUGCGCUGAGCCUCAGCACCAUGGUUGCAAUACUUGGACAUGUUUUCUUUAUUAAAUAAUGAACCAGACCCCAAAAAGUAAACAGCUGUUAUUGCUAGGCAACGGGAGCAGCAUUUGGUGAUGCAGCACCUGACAUUCCUGACCAUGUGGGCGGAGCAUGCGUGAAAUGGAAUGUUUAGUAGAACUGUGCAACACAAGCACUUAGUUACGGCAUUUUUCAUUGUAUCCAGACACAGUUAGAGACACAUCUACAGCAGCAUCUCUGUGCAGGACAAACGACAGUUGAAGAUAUAAAACAUCAAAAACUUCACUUCUCUACAGUACGUUGGUUCCUUUGUUUAAAAGGCCAAAAUGAAUCAAGGGAGAUCGAGAAGAGGAUUGGCGAGUGCUUCACCAUACAGUACAGUGAAGUCUGAGCUGACUAACCUACGAGAGGAAUUUCAAAUAAUACAGGCUGAAAAUGUCAAAUUAAAAGAAGAGGCAGAAAAAUCAAGAGGAGAAGCUAAAAAUUCAAAGUUUGAAACUGAAGUAGUAUUGCAGGAAUUACUGCAUGUGGGUCUAAAACUUAAAGGAGAGAAGAUGGAAAAACAACGGGCAGAAAAUGAGAAUGAAAAUAUAAAGAAAGAACUGUUGGAAGCUGAAAAAGCAUUGGAGGAAGAGAAAACCACAGCACAAGAAGCCAAAAAUAAAUAUCAAACUGCAAAGAAGGAGGCAGAAAAUGUGAUGCAGGAAUUACAGGAGGUGCAGAAAGAUUUUGAAAAGGAAAAGAGGAAAAUGCAGUUGGCAACACAAGAAGCUGAAAAUGUAAUGGCUGAAGCUGAAAUAGUUAGGAAGGAAUUCCUGCAUGUAAAGCAACAACUUGAAGAGGAGAAAAAACGUAAACAUGAGGCAGAAAAUGAGAUUGAAAAUAUGAAGAAAGAAUUGUUGGAAGCUCAAAAAGUGUUGGAGGAAGAGAAAAUGAAAAUACAGGAAGCAAAGAAAGAAAUGGAAAAUACAAAUAGUUACACUCAAAACAUGAAGAAGAAGUUGCUGGAAACACAGGAAGCAAUAGAAAAAGAGACACGUGGAAAAUGGGAGGCAAAACAGGAAAGUGAAACUCUGAAGAAGGAACUGAUGAAAGUGCAAGAAGAACUUGCAGAAGAGAAAACUGAGGUGAAGGUAUUCAAGAAAGAAAUGACAGGCUCUGCGAGGACCAAGAAAGACUGCAAAGAUGCACUUAAAGAAAUACGAAAGCACAAAAAGGAAGCUAAAGAGCUCCUCAAACAGAAAGUGAAACUGGCCAAACGGCAGCUGAAAGAAAAAUUUAAAGACGCCGAGGAGCAGCUAAACAAAACGUUGAAAGAGCUGAAGGCAAAAGAAAAAGAAAAGAAAGCCGAGGAGACGAGGGGAUUCUGGAGCAGACUGCUGAGAAAGAACUGACCCAGCAGCAUCAAGUUUAAGGAGAUCAACAGUUUCGUCCUCCUUCCCCCUCUCUCCACCUUUCUUUCACCCCAUCCUUCUUCUUCUC